AGCGCCCUACGCGACUGUCACGUUCAAAAAUAGAACAGUUUUUCUUUAUAAAUUAAAACUACAAUCGACCAGAGGACACUCUGGUUUAUUUCACCUCAAGGUUCACAAAAAGGCCUCAAACUGUAUAAGCUGGCGAUAAACUGGUGGAAGGAGCCGGAUAUGGGAGUGCCGGCCGGGGAAUUCCAAGGGUGCGCCGCAGCGCGGAUGUGGCGCGGGGCCUGCGGGACCCUGGUGGCUCCCGAGGCCGACGAGGCCUGGCAGCGCAUCGUGGAGACCUCGCCCCCCGACGGCAUCUGGCACUCGUUAAGGAACUGCGUUGCAUAUCAGGCAGGAGUGUGGCAGAACUUGUUAGCGAAAGGGAUAGACGACGUGAUCCAACCGGCGGCUUUCAAACUGGCUAUUGUUUUGAGGCACACACCCUCAGAGCUGGUCGUCAGGUUGUUAGCCGACUUGCUACGCCUGCAUCCACAAUCUCAAGACCUGACAUCAUACGUGCUGGCUUUACUGACGGAUGACGAGGCUCAGUGGUGUGGAAACUGCGGUCGUGAGACAUCACCGUCAGCUCCGAUAGGUCCCGCGCCGCUCCGAGACCUGCAGCUGUUUGGAGAUUGCGAGCUGGCGGUGCUGGCCGCCUCAAGGGAAGAAUACGAUGCUCACGCCAAACUAGUACGGGCUGAGUACUCCACACUAACACAUGACAAUUAUGUUGAACUACGAAUCAAGAUACUUAAUCAAUUUUCACAAAUCCCGAAACUCUUCCACACACCUGAAUUUGAGUGCUUUGAAGCGGCCGCGAGGGAAAAUAUAGAACGAGAAAUAACUACACUGCGAGAACAUCUGCUAACUGGUAGAAAGGAUUAAAACAAAACGUGGGUUAAACUUGGGUUAAAUUAAUACAAACAUGUAAACGUACAAUUAGGAAAAAUCACGGGAUCUUACCACGUUUAUUUUUAGUGUCUUCCCGAUAUUUCGGCAGUUUCAACCGCCAUGGUCAAGGAUUAACUGAA